AUUGGGACUUGAAUUCUGGCAUUUGCUUCCCAAUCUUGGUUUAUAAUUUGUGCCGACUUUCUCUUUCUGAAUUUCCUAUUUAGUAGUUUCCAAGUGAGAAUCAUUUGGUACAUGUGUUUGUUUUCAAGCAAAAUUUCACUAGAGAAUCGUUCAAUGCAUGUAAGGGUGCCGUACCGCUCUAACACUCUCUCUUCCUUUCGCGAUUUCACCCCCGAUUGGAAGCAUGACCGAAACCCUAAAACCCGCAUUUUUCCUAUCAAUUUGGUCCCGCUUUUCAAACAUGAGAUCUCUGGUUUUUGCACUGUUUCGGUAUUUGGAGGGCCACCCUGUUCUGAUUCUGAUUUGAUUCCUACCUGGCCGAUUCCAAUCCUUUUGAAGAAGAGGAACUGAACCCGUGGUUGAUUGGACCAUGAGUGCAAAACCCAAGAGGAGAGCUGUAACAGAGAAUGGGGAUGCAGCAGAGGACCUGGUCCUUGCAACUUUGAUUGGAAAUGGCGAGGACUUGGGUCCUAUGGUCAAGCAUGCUUUUGAGAUGGGAAGGCCUGAAGCCCUCCUUCAACAACUCAAAUUUGUUGUUAAGAAGAAGGAAACUGAGAUCGAGGAGCUGUGUAAGCUCCAUUAUGAGGAAUUUAUUCGUGCUGUUGAUGAACUCCGUGGUGUCUUAGUUGAUGCUGAAGAGCUAAAAAGUGAACUUGCCAGCAAUAAUUUCAGGCUACAAGAGGUUGGCAGCGCUCUUCUUCACAAACUUGAGGAGCUUUUGGAAUCUUAUUCAAUCAAGAAGAAUAUUACUGAAGCUAUUAAAAUGUCAAAGAACUGCGUUCAGGCGUUGGAUCUAUGUGUUAAGUGUAACAAACACAUUACUGAAGGCCGGUUUUACCCUGCUCUGAAAACGGUUGAUCUGAUUGAAAAAAAGUAUUUACUGAAUAUUCCUGUUAAAACACUCAGGGUGCUUGUAGAGAAGAGAAUACCAAUCAUAAAAUCACAUAUAGAGAAGAAGGUCACCAGUCAAGUUAAUGAAUGGCUAGUUCACAUAAGGAGCACUGCAAAAGAUAUUGGACAAACAGCAAUAGGUUAUGCUGCAUCUGCACGUCAGAGGGAUGAGGAUAUGCUAGCUCGUCAGAGGAAAGCUGAGGAACAGAGUUGUUCAGGGUCUGGGGAUUUUAUAUAUACGUUAGACGUUGAAGAAAUUGAUGAAGAUUCUGUUCUAAAGUUUGAUCUUACACCCAUUUAUCGGGCAUAUCACAUUCAUUCAUGCUUGGGAAUCCAAGAGCAGUUUCGUGAUUACUAUUAUGAGAAUCGCUUCUUGCAGUUAAGUUCAGACUUGCAAAUAUCUUCUACUCUACCAUUUCUUGAAUCUCAUCAGACCUUUUUAGCUCAAGUUGCGGGAUAUUUUGUCGUGGAGGAUAGGGUCCUAAGGACUUCUGGAGGACUAUUGUUGGCUAACCAAGUUGAGACUAUGUGGGAAACUGCCAUGGCUAAAAUGACAUCACUGUUGAAUGAACACUUCUCUCACAUGGAUACUGCAAGCCAUCUCCUACUGGUCAAGGAUUAUGUGACCCUUCUUGGUGCAACUCUUAAACAAUAUGGAUAUGAAGUGGGACCAAUUCUCGAGACUCUCAAUGGCAGCCGUGAAAAGUAUCAUGAGCUUCUUUUAGCAGAGUGUCAACAACAAAUCACUAAUGUCCUUGCCAAUGACACUUUUGAACAGAUGGUAAUGAAGAAGGAGUCAGACUACCAAGCAAAUGUCUUGAUAUUCCAUCUUCAAACCUCUGAUAUAAUGCCAGCCUUCCCCUAUAUUGCUCCUUUCUCUGUCAUGGUUCCUGAGUGCUGCCGCAUCGUUAGAUCAUUCAUAAAGGACUCGGUCAAUUACUUGUCUUAUGGCGGCCAAAUAAAUUUUUUUAAUUUUGUGAAGAAGUAUUUGGAUAAGCUCUUGAUUGAUAUACUAAAUGAAGUUCUACUUGAUAAGAUUCACAGUGGUACCACUGGUGUCUCUCAAGCAAUGCAGAUUGCUGCAAACAUCGCUGCUCUUGAAAGAGCUUGUGACUUUUUUCUGCAACAUGCAGCCCAGCAAUGCGGGAUCCCUAUCCGGUCAGUUGAAAGGCCUCAGUCUAAUUUAACGGCGAAGAUAGUUCUUAAAACCUCAAGAGAUGCUGCAUAUCUUGCUCUUCUGAGUUUGGUUAACACCAAGUUAGAUGAAUUUAUGUCACUUACAGAAAAUGUAAAUUGGAUUCCCGAUGAGACACCUUCAGGUCCCCAUGACUACAUAAAUGAGGUGGUUAUUUACCUUGACACUGUCCUGUCCACUGCUCAGCAAAUCUUGCCUCUGGAUGCAUUAUACAAGGUUGGGAGUGGGGCUCUUGAUCAUAUUUCAUACUCCAUUGUGUCUGCUUUUGUUAGUGAUAGUGUGAAAAGAUUCAAUGCUAAUGCAGUUAUGGGCAUAAACAAUGAUCUCGAGGUGUUAGAAUCAUUUGCAGAUGACAGGUUCCAUAGUACUGGACUGAGUGAGAUAUACAAGGAAGGUAGUUUUCUAGACUUCUUGAUUGAGGCAAGGCAAUUGAUAAACCUUCUUUUAAGCAGUCAGCCUGAGAACUUCAUGAAUCCUGUAAUAAGGGAGAGAAACUACAAUUCUUUGGACUACAAGAAGGUUGCUGCUAUUUGUGACAAGUUCAAGGAUUCUCCUGAUAGUCUCUUUGGAAGCCUCUCUAGCAGAAAUACGAAGCAGAAUAAUACACGCAAGAAGUCUAUGGAUGUGUUGAAAAGAAGGCUGCGGGAUUUCAACUAAAAGAGGUUGCAGCCUAUCUGCAAUAGAAAUAGCUCAACCUUUUUUAGGAUGAUGCAUAUGAAUUAAUUUCCUAAAAUAAGGUUUUUCACCGUGCUUGUUUCAACAUUGAAUCCUUUUCUGGUUAAAUUUGUUACUUUCCUUCUGAAAAUUUAUUUUCUUGAAUGAUUUGAAUUAGUACAGAUAUAUCUUGCAAAUUAAGCACUUUUGAUUCUUUAAAUGCUGUAACUUCUUGGGAUGAGGGUAUUUGGAUAUUCGAAUGCAACUCCUAGGCAAUUUUUUGCACAAUUCUCCCCUUCACGCUACCAAAAAGUGUGGUUCUUGCUGAAUCCAAUCCCCAUUAGGAAACUGUUAGCCAGCAGGGUCAGCCACUUGUCCAUUCAAACUAGUGAGCAAAGCCACACCUAUUCAGAAUAUUAAUGAAAAAAUGGAUUUUUUUAUCUUGUGAAAGAGGAAAAAUUACCUGUUGAACUGGAGGCUUUUACUUUUAUUCUUUAUUGUGGUUAUUCAACUGAGUUACUUACAGUUCUGGGAACACGGCUGCCACAUGUAUUUAUUAUCUUGGUUGCUCUGACACUCUUGUGCUUUGCGAUGAGUAUGUCGUCAUUACUGAUUUGUAUUACAAGGUUUUCUGGGAAGACUUCUAAUUUCAUUUUGGGACGCUUAUUAGUUGAGCAAGGAAAAGAGCCAUUGCAUAAGCUGCAAGGAGUAGUACAUUCUUCUUUCCCCACAUCUCUGAUGCACUUGCACCAUUUCAAUCCAUACUAAAAGAGCCAUUAGUCUAUGCUUCAACCACAAGAUUGUUUUCGUUCAUGAGUUAUAUGUUUGCAAUUGGAACUGAAGUUGCAAUUUUGUUGGUGAAUUAAUUAAUCAUCGGUUAUUACUACUGCAUACUGACAGCUGCUUUAUUUUCCCACGGUUUCUUUCUUUGGUGUACUUCUAUGCAUAAACAUUGAUGACUAGGAUUUCAGGAUCUGUCACGACCAGGGCAGUUAAUUAAUUUAUUUUUACUGCAGUUUAGUUUUUUUUUGCAAGAGGAGUUAGUUAUUACUGUAACUCUCAGUUAUGGAUUGAUUUAGGAGGUUAUGGAGUCAUUUAGGAGCAGUUAUUGGUAGUGGAGGAGUGGUAACUGCCCCUUAAAAUCUGUGGAUGGCUUAUAUAUAAAGCUAUAACCACAUGGCCAAGAAUCAUUAUGAUUAUUGUGAAUUAAAGAUCUUCCUUUUUCUCUGCAGUUCUCCCUUUCUCUCAGAUCUCUCUAUUUUUCCCUAUUCCGUCUAAUUUCCCUAUUCUGUCUAAAUUCUCCUUUUUGUCUCUCUCAGUUCUCAAUUCUCAGUUCUCCCUCUUAAUCAGUCUGAUUCUUCCCACUUUUUUUUUUUUCCCUCUAUUUCUCCCUCUCUUCCAAUUCUCUCAUCAAAGGAAUUACAGUUAGGCUCGGGUUCCUGACAGGAUCCUGCUUUGUGAUGCAUUAGCAUGAAAUAUUGUUGUCCUUCAUGGCCUUAGGAUUUUGUUCCAUACCAUAAUUUUAGAAUUGCCUGACUUGAUUGUUUCCUUGAAGAAUGUGAAAGUUUCCCCAACUAGAGAACACUUGUGCCCCAUGAAUGUGAUGAUUUUGUCUUAAUCUCUUUAAUUGCUUUCAAAAUGAAAUGUUUUCAAAUGUUAUCAAAUUUUGUUGCUCACUAAGUUUAAAGAUUUCUGUGUUAUUUGAUUGAAAGCAGGGAUAUGCAAGAUUUGGGAACUUUUAACAAAUCUUGGUUCAGGGGGAGAAAAUCUGUUUCUUUUACAAGCUUAUAUGGGGUUAGGCUUUUCUUGUUCUGUGGGGGGUAAUUCCCCAACAAAAUAACUUGUCUUUGUGUCUAGAGAUAGUACCCAAAAAAUGAAAAGAGUGAGAAAGAUUCAUUCUUAUCGAUGGGGAUGGCCCAUUCAUAUCAAUUCAUUUUCUUUUCUGUUACAUUAAAGAUCAGCUUCUGUCUUCAUAAACUCGUAUGUUUUUCUAAUCCAGUUGGUAUGAACUAGCUGAUUGUUGCAAUGUCUAUUAGCUACUAAAACCUUAUCUAAUGGUAAGGCUCGCUAUCCUCAGAGAUUUAUGGAUAUUGACAUUAACUUUCAACUUAUGGUUUUUGGAAAUAGAUUUCUGGGCAACAACUGCUCCCUGGUAUGUGGUGCUUAUUUGGUACAUAAGGGAAUCUAUCAAAUUGUAAUGUAGCUUAAAAGAAUGAAUUUAUUAUUCACUGUUUUCGAUUUUGAAAAACUGAAAAAAAAAAAAAAAAAAAAAAGAACUUUA